UCCUGUUCUCUUUCUUAAGUCAUUUGAAACACUGUCCCUGCUAGUUUUCUAAGUUUAUUGCAAUCUCUGCACAGGGGGGAGGGGAGAGAAAGAUCGAUUACCAACAUGAGAGCAGGUAGAGAGUUUAGGGCAAGACUUGUUCCAGCUUCAGUAACUGGCUUGGUCCCAUGAUGUAUGUAACCAUGGACAGUGGAAUAAAACCAUAUGCUCAGUGAAAGCAACCAAAGCUGCUGAGCCCUGUUACAAAGCCACACAGAAUGAAUCCAUUUGGUGAAGAAUUCAGACCACACUUCUCACAUUUCCACUAUGGCCCUCCUCCUCAUGGAGACAUUGAAACUUUUAUGGGGUCCUUGGAAGGAGGGUCUCGGAAACGGAAGAGCAUACCAACAAAAAUGCCGCCUCCUAUCGCUUUUGAGGGUUCCUCAUCACCACCAGACAGACCUGAAGAUUACAAUGAUAUAGGCUCUUCCAGUCUCCCCUUGGUGUUUCAACAGCCAGCGCAGCCCAAAUACAGUUCCCAGAUGAUCGACCUCUGCAACUUUGGUUUUCAGUUCUACAGAACUCUGGAGCACUUUGGAGCCAAGCCCAUUAAGCAAGAACCAGUGAAGCCUAAGAUGGCAUGUCCCAGGAGCCCAGCAUUCAUACAGGCUCCUUAUCCUUAUUGUCCUAAAGUCCAUCCUGGCUUAAUGUUUCCUUUUAUUGUGCCCCCAAACUUUCAUUUCAGGAACCCCUUUCAAAUGAAAAGGCCUCCAGAGCCACCCUUCAGGAGGGCUGAAGUAAGAGGAAGUGGUGAAAAUAAACAGAAAGUGGAAAGAGUAGAUGUCAACUUUCAGAUAGACGACAGCUACUAUGUUGAUGUGGGGGGUGAACAGAAACGCUGGCAAUGUCCCAUGUGUGAGAAGUCCUAUACAUCCAAGUACAAUUUGGUCACCCAUAUCUUGGGGCACAGCGGCAUUAAGCCACAUGCUUGCAACCGAUGUGGCAAACUUUUCAAGCAACUGAGCCACUUGCACACACAUAUGUUGACACACCAGGGCACUAGGCCACAUAAGUGCCAGGUAUGCCACAAGGCUUUCACUCAAGCCAGUCACCUUAAGAGACACAUGAUGCAACACAGUGACAUCAAGCCUUACAACUGCAGGAUCUGUGGCAGAGGUUUUGCCUAUCCCAGCGAGCUGAAAACACACGAGUCUAAGCACGAGAGUGGCCGAGAGAACAUUUGUGUUGAGUGUGGUCUGGACUUCUCAACCUUGGCCCAGCUGAAGAGACACUUAACAACCCACCGUGGCCCUAUACAGUACAGUUGCACUGAAUGUGAUAAGACCUUCCAGUACCCGAGUCAGCUGCAAAACCACAUGAUGAAGCACAAAGACAUCCGUCCAUAUAUCUGCACUGAAUGCGGCAUGGAGUUUGUGCAGCCUCACCAUCUCAAACAACACUCCCUAACUCACAAGGGUGUGAAAGAGCACAAAUGUAGAAUUUGUGGCCGGGAGUUUACUCUGCUGGCCAACAUGAAGCGACAUGUCCUGAUCCACACCAAUAUCAGAGCCUAUCAAUGCCAUUUGUGUUUCAAGAGCUUUGUGCAAAAGCAAACUCUCAAGGCCCACAUGAUUGUUCACUCUGAUGUUAAACCCUUUAAAUGCAAGCUGUGUGGAAAAGAAUUUAACAGAAUGCACAAUUUAAUGGGACACAUGCACUUGCACUCAGACAGUAAGCCUUUCAAGUGCCUCUACUGUCCCAGCAAAUUCACCUUGAAGGGGAACCUAACCAGGCACAUGAAAGUCAAACACAGCAUCAUGGAAAGAGGAUUUCAUUCUCAAGGUUUUGGAAGAAGAAUUUCUCUGUCCCCAACAAAUGUUUUGAGAAGCUUGGAACAGGAAGAACCCUUUGAUCUUUCCCAGAAAAGCCAAGGGAAGGGAAUCUCAUUUCAUUUGGAUGGUGAGAGUGCCAAGGGAAGCUCAUGUCAGGAAGAGGAAGACAACUGUUAUGAGACAGAGCAUUACAGCCUUGACAUGUACCAUCACAACAGCAAGCUGUAUGUGGCUCAAGAUCUGUCUGGCAAACCUGAGUGCAUGAUGAAGGGCUGCAAUGAGAAGGAAGAAAUGCUAAGUGAGGGAGGACUGGAGAAGACAAUAGGAAAUCAGACAAACAGGAGAGCCAAGGAGAGAGAGACCUUGCAAACAACAAAGAACACCUCAGCUUUAGAUACUUUGAAAAGGCCAGACUUGGCCAUUCUCUCUCUGAUUACUUGUAUUUCAAACACAGGAACAAGGGUUUGAAAGAAUUACUGGAAAGAAAAAUGGAAAACCAAACAAUGCUUACAGGCAUUUAAAUGGAUAUUUUAAAACAGCUGGAAAAUUGGAACCAGAUAGCUUUUAGCAUGAACUGUAACUUACCAAAACCUGGAAGUUUGUAGUAGUCUUUAGAAAUAAACAAGCCAAAUGAAUAUAAAUAAUUUAAGGUAAAACACAUACAUUAAAAGAAUAAAGCAAUACAAGGUCACCAAGAAAUGCAAUAGAUAUUGAACACUAACAUUUUUAUACUUACCCAACUGAUGUAAAAGCAGACAAUGGGGUGGGUACAGAAGUUUAUUUUCUUUUAUCUGGGAUGGUAGAGACUUAUACACAAUUUUCUAGUUAUCAAAAGCAACAUACUUUAGUGUUUUAUUUAUUAUCUGAAUAAAUAUAUAUGAACAUUUCAUCAUCAGCAGCAUGUAGCACUUAAAAGUCUUGCUGUAAUUACACAUAAAGCAAUUAAUCAUUUCACUGAGAAAAUGAUGUAAUUUUGCCAUUUAUCUUUUCAGUUUAUCUUGGCUAUCAAGGAUGAUUUUGAAAUUCCCUGGUCCAUUCAGAUUUUAUUUUAGAAGGGAUGCCAAAAAAGAGCCCUUACAGGGCAAGGAGUACCUUACAGGGCAAGGAGUACCUCACAGAGGAAAACUGUUUUUUGACUUCCUCUUAUCUGAGUCAUAAAUUUUCCCUUAUUUCCAUGGCUUGACCUGUAAGCUCCAGGCAUUUCAGAAGAAUUCUUUUAAUGCAGUUUUUAAUGAGUCAUUCCCAACUUUUCAUCCUCUGAUUCCCAUACAAUUAUGUUCAUAACAAAUACAUAUACAAUUAUAUGUUCAUAAAAGCACAUUUCAUUAAACACGUUCCAUUAACUGCAUGAAUAGUUUGACCAGCACCUUAAUUCCUGCAUCUUCAAGAUAUAUGACAAACAGCCCCAAGCCAUCCUGUUGCUUUUAAGGAAAUAAAGAUUUAAUAAGUAGUUUAAUUAUUCCUGGGAUGUCAUUUUGACAUCCUAGCUCAACAGGUUAAAACUUACAUAUAUGGUACAUCAUUUCUAAAUAUUACUUCAUUCUUCAUUUACCUGCCAAGAUCUUGAUUUGAAAUUCCUUGUUAUCAUCAUGCUCAAUAUAUAGGAAGUUAUAAAUAUUAAGUCAUAUACUUAUGGCUUGCUAAGGCUAGAGGCCUGAGCUGCAGCUCUGCUAUUAUAAGAAACCUCUUGCCUUACAGAAGUAAUUUGUACACCUACCAGUUAAUCAGCAUUCACAGGGUAAUAGUCCUUAUUCAUCAUAUAAAACUGGGUUUGUGUAGUCUGAGGUUGCAGAAGAUGGUUUAAUUUUUCAGGGCUCAAACACAGCACAAUAAAGAUUCUGAAUGAAGAGCAGAGAAAGCUAUUGAUAUAAGAAGCUUUAAUGUACAGGUCACUCUUCUAAAUGUAAUUAACUCUACAGCUGAUGUACAUACUUUUUUUUAAAUAAAAAGGGUAUACCAAGUUGAUGUGGAAUGUAGGUCACUUUAGGACUAGAAUGAAUGAUGUGUUUCAAAAUGAGGUAUAUUUCAGAGAGACAUAGCCAUGUUUUUCCAGUGGUGAACUGUUUUAUUAUAUACAUUCAACUUCCUUGCUUCCACUACAAGAUAAUUCCUCUUGAAAAAGGAGUAAUCUUUCAAGGAAAACAUUGUGGUUAAGCAGAAGAAUCAGAAAACUUUCAGGAAUAAUGUGUACAGCUGCAUUCUUUCUCAGUCUAGAAGGGAAAUGCUCAGGUAGAAAUUCAUCAUUAAUUCAGUCUAGGAGACUGUCUUUUAGAAAUGGGAACAAGUCCUUUAG